CAUUGCUAUUCUAACAUCCGACGCAAAGAAAAGAAACCAGAAUUAGCAAAGGAAGAAAAGUUUUCAUAAAUUCUUUGUUUCUUUGUUCUACCAUUUUUUUUUCUUUCUUUCUUUCUUUCUUUCUUUCUUUCUUUUGUUUGGUUCAUUCCAGUAAUCUUUCACCUGAGUGGACCGACAGUUCGGUCGAUCCACAGGGUCGGAAUCAGUACCUUAUGGCCUUAAUUCACUUUUGGCGAUAGUAUCUGUAAUUUUAUAGUUUUUGUUGCGUGGAUUUAUUGUCAUUUGAGGUCGAGUAAGCAACUUGAAGAAGGAUGGGUGUCUGUUGCUGCUUCAAAUCUUAUAACGUGAGAGAUGAGCCUCAAGAAGAGAAAGCUGAAAAAGGAGGGAGCAAGCUUUCCUCCCAAGUCAAUAACCUUUCAACUGAAUCUGAUACCCUCAAGCUUAGAUCUGUAGCUGAAGUGAUCUUACGGAUAGGCCAGGGGAACAAUUCCGCUCGUGUUUUCGCAUUUGAUGAACUUUCAACUGCAACAAAGAACUUCAAAGUAGAAUGUCUGCUUGGUGAAGGUGGAUUUGGUAAAGUUUAUAAAGGUUACCUUGUGGAUACAAAUCAAGAUAUAGCUGUUAAGCAAUUGCAAAGAAAUGGCUCACAGGGAAAUAGAGAGUUCCUUGUUGAAGUAUUGAUGCUCAGUCUACUUCACCACCCAAACCUUGUCAAUCUAAUUGGCUAUUGUGCUGAUGGAGAUCAAAGAAUUCUGGUCUAUGAAUACAUGCCGCUGGGCUCAUUGGAGGAUCAUCUUCUCCAUCUUUCCCCAAGUAAGAAGCCGCUGGACUGGACCACAAGAAUGAGAAUAGCGGAAGGUGCCGCUAAAGGCCUGGAGUAUUUGCACGAUACAGCAAAUCCACCUGUGAUCUAUCGAGAUUUAAAGGCAUCCAAUAUUCUUCUUGAUAAGGACUACAACCCAAAGCUAUCUGACUUUGGCCUUGCCAAAGUUGGACCAAUUGGAGACAAGAGCCAUGUAUCAACCAGGGUGAUGGGGACUUAUGGCUAUUGUGCUCCUGAGUAUGCAUUGACAGGACAAUUAACAAAAAUGUCUGAUGUAUACAGCUUCGGCGUCGUGUUACUGGAGAUCAUAACUGGAAGGAGGGCUAUUGAUGCAUCGAGACCUUCAAACGAACAGAAUCUUGUUCAUUGGGCAAAGCCACUGUUUAAAGAUAAGAAGAGGUAUGUGGAGAUGGCUGAUCCAUUGCUGGAAGGCAAAUACCCAUUAAAAGGCCUCUACCAAGCUAUUGCAGUUGCAGCAAUGUGUUUGCAAGAGCAAGCAAGCGGCCGUCCACUGGUUAGUGACAUUGUGACAGCUCUGGAGUAUCUUGCAACUUCAUCAAAUGAUCAUUUUCAAGACUCAAAGAAAGAAAAAUACACUGCUAAGGAGAUCGGUGAAGGAGACAAAUCGAAGUCGCAAGAUGAAAGAACUCGGAAUUCGUUGAGAUGCAAGGAAGAUAACAUCGAGCGCGUGUAGUAUGAGACAUGUUUGUGGCUUUUUUCUUCUUCUUAUUUUUUCUAUUUGUGCUCUUUGUAUAUUUAAACGUAAAACUCAACCAUUCCAAAAUGAUGCUGGAGAUAGACCUCUUUGUAUGAACUAAGCUAUCCUUGACACUGUCAAUUAUCAGUGAAUCCAUCAAGGGAAUGAUGAAGAGUAGUAGAUAAAGAGAAUUAUAACUGUACAAGAUGUAGGACUAUCUAAAUCUUGAGAAUGCAUUGCAUUGUUUGCUGUGGAAA